UUUCAGCUCUAGGUUCAGCGAGCGGAGCAGCCAUCGGACAUCUGUAUGGGCACGGCCAAGGGGCUGAGCUACCUCCACGAGGAGCACGAGCCCAACAUCGUGCACAGGGACAUCAAGGCAAGCAACGUCCUCCUCGGCAGAAACCACAGCCCCAAAAUCGGGGACUUCGGCUUGGCGAAGCUGUUCCCGGACAACGUCACCCAUGUCACCACGCGCGUGGUCGGGACGACUGGAUACCUGGCGCCUGAAUACGUGGUGCACGGGCAGCUGACCAAGAAGGCCGAUGUCUACAGCUUCGGCGUCCUCCUCCUCGAGGUCAUCAGCGGCCGGAGGGUCUCGGAGACGAUUCGAUCGGAUACAUUCCUCGUGAGACAGGCAUGGCUGCUCUACGAGCAGGGAAGGCCGCUGGACAUCGUGGACGCGAGUGUCAAGGACUACCCGGAGGCAGAGGUGCUCAGAUACGUCAAGGUAGGCCUGGCGUGCACGCAGGCGGCGCCCGACGGGAGGCCCGCGAUGCGGCAGGUGGUGAAGAUGCUGUCGCGGCCCGCCGCGUUCCGCGAGCUGGAGAUGCACUUGGCCGACCAUGAUUCCUCCGCUGCCCUCACACGUCCUGGCUUGAGCUUGUCGCCUCUUUCCUCCAUGGCAACAAGUAGUACGAAUUCCUCCUCGGCCACUUACAGUGAAACCGUACCCAGGUAGAUGGAUUGGUUUUUGAAACAAGACCAUGCUCUAAAACCACUAUUUUAUUCAGAGCAUUAGGAAUGUUUUUCCUACACGGAAUUUUGCACAUACUCCUAUGUACUCCCUCCGUUCCUAAAUACUUGUCUUUCUAGGCAUUUCAACAAGUGACUACAUACGAAUCAAAAUGAGUGAAUCUACACUCUAAAAUAUGUCUACAUACAUCCGUAUGUAGUAGUCAUUUGAAAUGUCUAGAAAGACAAGUAUUUAGAAACGGAGGGAGUAUAACAUCCAACAGUGUUUGUUGUCUUUCUUAAAAAACAAUGCUUGUUGUAAAAUUAAUCAGAAUAUCUUAUUUUAUUUACUGAUUUUUUUUACUGUUCAUGGUGUGCAUUUGCGCUCAUGAGCAAAAGAGCUAUUCCACCCUCCUCGCCCGUUAAAAUUCCAGAAACCAACAACAUGCCCUCGGACAUGCA